AUGUCUAAUAUGUGGCAUAAUUAUUUUGACGAGAACGAUGUUGAGACUUGGUCUAUUUACAAAUUUCACAAAAAUUGGAACUGUAUUCACGGAGGGGAUCCUGGCCGGAACUACUGUAAGAGUGCAGACGCGCUCGCAAAAAGUCUUCGUGCGAUUGUCAAUAAGAGCCCAGAUUCUAAAAAAAUUAAGAAGGCUAACAAGCUUUUGAGUGAUCUUCAGAGCUGGCGUGCCAACGAAAAUAUAAAUCGCUUACGUAAAAAAAGGAUGAACGAUAACAAUAUAGAUACAGGAACGAACUGUCUACAAUUUUCAUCUUGCUCUGAUGUACGGAUCGAGUCUGAUACAAGUGAUCGCAAGCGGAAGACCCAAAGCAAAGAAAGCGUGAAGAAGCGCGCGCGUGCAGAAACUACCGUUGAUGGGAAGGUGGACGAUGGUCCGAAGACUCCACCUCGGAAACCUCUUGAAGAAAAAGAGACUAAAGACAUUACUACCCCACAAAAGCCAAAGCUUUGCGAGCGUUCUUCCCAAUACUUGUCAAAACAUAUUUCGGUGAACAUUAAUGAACAGGGUUUGAUCAUGAAAGGUGAUCAAGAUGUUAUAAUUCCGGAAAUUCCAGAUGAAAUUCAACGAUGGCUCAUAAACGUACUAUCAUCUGAAAAGGAUAGGUUCGUUAGUACUAUCAUGGCUUCACUAAACCCCGAACAUAAAUUUCAGAAGAUGUGCAGAAUAAUUCUUUAUGACUUUUUUUCCAUGACUAGCGAAGGUUUAAUGGAUCGAAAUAUCGGGGAGAGAAAGUAUACCGUAGAGCAAAUUAUGCCAUUGUUCAAGGCCAUACAGUCGGUUUACAGAGAGUAUAAAUUCGACUGGAUCGAGGUUCAACUUGAAUGUAUCAAGGACAUGAAACUUCUGUUCCCGAACUUCGAUUUAACGUUAAACAAAGCAGACGGUGUCUGCAUGAAAGCAUCGAACAACAAAGAGGUAGUGUUUAUUGAGGUGUCAGGAGGUCCCGAAGCCACAGUAGAAAAGCAUGUCUGGGAAGACACUGAAAAACUUAUCAGAGAAGCAAUGUUUGGAUUGGUGUCUCUUCUGAGAGACUAUUUAGAUAAGAAUUCAACGGGUGCAAAGAAUAUUCGUACAUAUAUGGUGCAAGUUAUUGGUAAUGCUUUCACUACUACAUCUAGUCUUUCAAACAGCACAAAUCUUACAUAA